AUGCCGCUCCAGAACUCCCCAAUUCCCCUGCGACCCAACCAACGCAUCCACACCACCGCUCCUACUCUCCGCAGAGGCAAGACCCUCAGCGACAAGCUCAUCGAAGCCCGGGACGACAACACACUCUCACACGAACGAGAAAUGCGCAAGAAAAAGUCUUUCGGGCGUGAAGUGGGCAUCGGCGUUGCUUUCUUUCAUGAAGACACGGUGGAGAGCAUCGAGAGGUUCAUCACCCCGUUCAAGCCCAAAGAUGAUGAUGAGGAUGACAUCGCCGACGCCGCUACCAACGAGAAGAAUGCCCGCAACGGAGCCAACAGCAAAAUCACACCACCUGCCCCCGAGCCUACUGUCACCGACGACGUUCCAGCCCCAGCCGCCUCGGACCAACAUGCCCCUACCCCCUUUCCCACGAUCCCCAGCCUCAUUCUCCCCCCCAAACCCUCCCGAACUCUCCCUGCAGGUGAGGAACGAGCGAAGAUCGGGCAUCGCAAGAAGCUUAGUCGGGAGAUUGAAGAAGCGCGUGAGGAAGAUCGGUUAAGGGAGGAAGAACUAUUCAAAGAGAAGAUGGAAGCGUUGACCACUGUUGAUCACGAUUCUGUCAAGUCUUCUGAUGAAGUCAACGAUCCAUUCUCUACGACUGCCUCUCGCGGCUCGGUAACCCCUUCUUCCGCCUUAUCUGAAGCUGCUACGAUUCACAUCGACAAUGAGAACAGUGAAAGCGUGUACACACCGCCCGAGUCGGCGUUCAAGGACCGAGAUGAGACCAUGGCGCAGAUGAGGAAAGAGAUGGCAGCGAUCCGAGAGGCAAAGAAGUUGAAGCUUCAGGGCUUCCCUUUGGAUGAUGACAUCUCGUUCACUCCGAAACAGACUGUAGAGGCCAGGAUCAUGCACGAUACCAACCAUGCGCCCGGCCGCAACAUCUUCGACCCGACCAACCCCAUCCCACCCAAGCCGCUCCCGAUCGAUACCCCCAUCGAAGCCAACGAUCCAGCUUUCACCGGCCAGUCGACCGACAAGUGGUCUUAUCUCCCCGACACGGCAAAGGUUCUUGCUUCAAAGAUUUUGGGAGUCUCGGGGCUGGGCUCUUUCUGGGGGGAAAAGAUGGUGGAGGAUGGAGGAGCUAUCGUCGUUGAUGAGAGGGAUGGAAAACCGCCCGCCGACAAGACCAAAAAGACGUAG